AUGAUGACACAUCACUUAUUAGCUUAAUUAAGAAUAGAGAAACCAAAAUAAAAAUAAUAAUUCUUAAAAAUUCUCCAAGAUCAUCAAAUAAUUCAUUAUACUAAUAGUUAAAUUAAUUUAGCUUGGGAACAUUGUUAAAAAUAAGAAUAUAAACAAGUUGUUGAAGAUUUAUUAACUAAUAAAGUUAGAAGCAUAUCAUUAAAACCUAAAAAGGUUUAGAAUAAACUUGAAAUUCUUAUUUAAACAUUUGAUAAAAUAGAUUAAUUAAGAUUGAUAAAUGGAAUUAAAACAUAAUAAACAGUUAGAAGAAUAUGUUAGGAUAAAGAAAUUUUAAAAUAAAUUUAAGAAUUAAGAAUGGAUGCAUAAAGAAAAUUAAAAACAUUCAUAAAUGAAAAAGCAUAAGAUAGAAAUUUUACAAAAAUAUUCCACGAAAAAAUAAUUGAUUUUUAAGAAGAAAGAAAUAAAUUAAAUGAAAUUAAAGGAAAGGAGGAAAGUUAAAGAGCAAAGGAAAGAUUGAUAAAUAGAUAGAAAAUUAAAUUAGAAAAAUUAAAUGAAUCUAUUGAAUUCGUAUUAAUGAACGAUGAUAAUAAAGAUAGAGCCUAAACAAUAUGUAACAAAUUACUUGAUAAUAAAAUUCCUUAUUACAAAUCCUAAUUGAGUGAUAAAUAGCAGAAAAGAAUAUAUAAUAUUAUGAAUACUAAGUUUGUAUCUUGA